AUGUCUUCAACGCCGCUUCACUUGGAUCCAAAGGGGCCAGACCAGCACUUUAUCCAAGUUGAGACUCCCAAUGUGUUUCCAGCACUACACAACAGUCCGCUGCAAUCCAACGAAGCCCCUCGAUUCACGCUUCAUUGGCGCAACCUCAGUCUCAAAGCUGCUAUCACUAACCCACAGACGAAAGCAAUCGAAGAAAAAACCAUUUUGUCCAAUGUCAGUGGCACCGCAAGGCCCGGUGAGUUGCUGGUCAUCAUGGGACCAUCUGGUGCUGGUAAGAGCUCCUUGCUCGACUGCAUCUCUGGACGCAAUAAGGCUGUUGAAGGGGAGAUCAUGCUCAAUGGACAACCAUGGAGUGACGACACCAAAAGACUCGCGUCCUACGUCAUGCAAGACGAUUUGUUCUACCAGACCAUCACCGUCAAGGAGCAUCUUGUCUUCCAAGCUAGACUUCGUAUGGGCAAGACGUACACGGAGCAACAAUACAUGAAGCGUGUGGACGAGGUGAUGGAGCAACUGGGCCUUAUGAAGUGUCGAGAUACACUUAUUGGUGGCAUCUCGUUACGUGGUAUCUCUGGAGGCGAGAGGAAGCGCCUGUCGUUUGCCACGGAGAUCUUGACGAACCCGUCGAUCUUGUUCGUGGACGAGCCGACGUCGGGUCUGGACAGCUUCAUGGCGGAGACGGUGACAGCGCAACUACAGCAAAUCGCUCGUGAAGGUCGUACAGUGAUAGCUACGAUCCAUCAACCUUCGUCCGAGAUGUUUACGCUCUUUGAUCAGCUGUAUCUACUGUCCGAUGGUUCGCCAGUGUAUCAAGGCAAAGCUUCCGAGUCUGUAGACUAUUUUGCCUCAAUGGGGUACCAGUGUCCUCCUCUGAUGAACCCAACGGACUUUUUCAUGCGUCAGUUGGUGGUUAUGGAUAAAGCCACUGACGAGGGGGGUGUCGCGCGUGUGGAGCGUCUGAAAAACGAGUGGCGAAAGCGUCAGGCGUUACCACGAAUCGAAGAAUUCCACAAUGGGUCAGGACAGAAUGAAUGUCAUUACGAAGACUCUCGACUGGGGUGGGUAGACCAGAUCGCAGUUCUGGUGCAACGCAACGUCGUCCGCUUUGUGCGCGAUCGCCUCGCGUUCCAUGCUGACAUUUUCCAGACACUCUUCGUGUCUGUGCUAAUCGGGCUCAUCUUCCUGCAACUUGAGCUUGAUCAAAGCGGUGUCCAGAACUUCACAGGAGGCUUCUUCUUCCUGAUAGUUAACCAGACUUUCUCGUCCGCCAACCCCGUCUUUAUCUCGGUUCCUAUGGAGCUGCCCAUCAUUAUUCGAGAAUACAAAGGCGGGCUCUACCACCUCUUUUCGUGGUAUCUGGCCAAGAACGUGAGCGAGUUCCCGAUGCAAGUUCUGCUCCCAAUCCUGUAUUUCACCCCAGUGUACUUCCUCAUGGGGAUCGGCCACGGCUUCAGCGUGUUCAUCUCCAUGCUAAUCGUGAUGAUUCUCCUCAAUAGCUGCGCUGUGGGACUUGGCUACGUAGUCUCGUGUCUGUGUCGAAGGGUGGACAUUGCUCCAGUCGUCGGCGUGGUGAUUAUGCUGCCGUUUUUACUGUUCGGAGGCCUCUUGAUCAACUCGGACGAUUGUCCGGACUACUUUAUCUGGUUGCAGUACGUUUCUCCGAUCAAAUUUGGCUUUGAGGGUCUGAUGAAGAUCUUCUGGGGCCAAGUACCGACGAUUUCCUGUGACGCGGACGUGGAGAACUGUACUGCAUUAACCGGCGAUGAAGUGCUGAAAAACUACAGCAUGGAGUCGCGGUCGGCAUUGGCGGAUGGCGUUAUCCUCGUAGCUAUCAACCUGGCCUUCCGAGUAGCCGGCUUCCUCGGGCUUUGGCUCAAUCUACGCAGCCAGAAGUAG